AUGAACGUCCAAGAUAAACUCAACGAGACAGAAGCCGCGCUCAAGGGUGCUCUUGAGGAGCUGUAUCGGCGUGAGCAGGAUGCAAUCCAGGCCGCCAAGGAACGCGAAGAUCUCAGAUCACUGAUUAAAGGGUUGAGGAGGAAGGAACAAGCCCUACAAGAGCAGAUAGAAGGAAUGUCGAACACGAUGGAACAAUAUCGGGGAGUUUUCGACGACAAAGCGAAAGAAUCGAUGUCGCUGAAGAGAAAAAUUCGUGAGUUGGAAGAUCGAACCAAGUCCAUUAAGCAAGGUUCUUCAUGGUCCAUUACCAAUUUCAUGUCGACUAGGCCUAAGUCAGACGGGACUGUACUGUCCAGUGAAGCCGAGAAACAGUAUCAGACCCUGAUCCAAGCACUCGAGACCAAGAACAACCAACUAGUUUCUGAUGCCGCUGGGUUGAAGAAACAGUUCAAGGAAAUGCAGGCUGAGUUGCUUCGAGAACUCAGCGAGCUAAGCUCGCAAAACUACUUCAACCCUGUCGAAGUUUCGGAUACUGGGAUCCAACAGAGCUGGAAGAAUGUCGGCUUCUUGAUAUGCCAAUUCGCUGAGACUUACUUCAAGAAGUACUUUGAAGCACAUGAGCUCCAGUUGCUCAAGCCGGGACCCAUUUCGAACUUGCAGAAGAUCUGCGCGACUCCCGAGCUUGCCGUUCAAAGCGCCUUUACCUGCCCUGCUCUUUUACAGGCUUUUCUCUGGAAUUUCAUCAGCUGGAAUAUCUUUGACUCUCAAGCAACACAUUGGGCAGGGGAAAUUGGGGAAGACUUUUUCGUUGCGAGUGACAGCAUCCUAGAGUAUGUCUUGGACCAUAACGACCUGGACAAGGAAUCAUCCCUGACGGAGUUCCAUGAAUGGAGGGCGAGAUCCAUGAGCAUGCUUGUCCGCCUAGGCGUCCAUAAGAGCCCCGACCACACCAAGUUGGCACACCAAAUGGUCGAACUUUUCGCGCCUUUCUUCUCCACGCCUCUCGAAGCAUCUGAUGGCGCAAAGGCUGUGAAGGAUUUUCAUGCGAUCAUCGCUGCGGCUACCAAGCUCGACAUUCAGUUAAGACAGUCAAAAGCCCAUUACCGUUGCUUCCAUCAUACCACGACACCCCCGAAAAAGCCAGACUACUUCGGAUACUCGUUUGAUCCCAAUACAAUGGAGCAAGGCAACUUUGGACCCAGGAUGGACCAGUCUCGACCCGAUAGCCUUCCGGUUGUGGACUUGGUGCUCUCACCUGGCCUCAUCAAGUCCGGCAACGCUGAUGGUAAAAACUACCUCUCGGAGAGAGUUUCGGUGAAGAUGGAAGUUCUCUGUAACCUCGAUUACAUCUUCAAGCUUCAGUUCGGUGAAGACGACGAGGAUGAAGUCGAUGAGACUUAUCAAACACCUGAUAGCUCGCUGUCCAAGGAGGAUGAUCAGACUAGCGUGGGUGCUCGUCAGUCCACUGUUCGUGUCAAGGAAGAAUCCUCGGAUGAUGGUGAUAUGGAAAGCGAUGUCGACAUGUUUGCUGUGGCAGCACAGUUGAGCGAUCUCUAUGAGAGUGGUAAAGUCAAGAUGGAGUCGAUGUGAAUUGGGAUGUCUGGGACAGCUCGGCCGACACUGCUAGACGAAUUUGGCGAUCGAUGUCGAGUGGCCGCAAAAUGUUUGCUUGUAUUUGCUUUUUAGCUUUGCUGGGAGCCUGGGAACGCAUUUUCCAUUGGAAACCAAAAGAAAAUGCGACUUUUCUCUCCCCAAGAUACUAAAGAAAGUCGAAGUAGC